AUUUUUUUUUAUUUCGAGAAACUUAUUAUGUCAUUAAAUUCUCGAAUUUGUUUACUGCGAAAAAUAAAUACAAGAUGGUCUCCGCUUCCACAACUGCUUCAAGUUGUUCUCAGUUAUUAAGACAAUGCGAAGCAUUGAAGGCUGCCAUUCUUGGAAAAUCAAAUGAAGCUACAAACGUUUUAUCAGAUGAAUUUGUAUCUAGGCAAAGACUAGAAACUAUUUACAAAAAUCUCCUACUCACCGACAUCCAAUUUGCUCUUGAUAAUAAAGUGGAACUUGAACUAUGGAACCAUGCAUUUAAAGGGCACAUAGAUAUUUUAAGACAAAGAAUAAAAGAAAAAAAGCUGAACACUGAAAAGAAUGAACUGCAAGCAAAACUUUCAUUGUUCAUUGAUACAUCAAGUGGUUUUUAUUUUCAAUUGCUUCAAGAUUUUUGUGAGCGUUAUGAUUUGGAUUUACCAUAUCAUGGUAAAGCAAGUCAGUUUGGAAUUUUAAAUGUCAAUAAAAAGUUAUACUCGGGGACAAAACCAAAGAUGAAUUCCUGCUUAUAUAUUUGUCAAGAUUGCUUGGUUCAUCUUGGAGAUCUAGCUCGUUAUCGAAAUGACCUUCAACAUGCAAAUGCUUUUUAUGAAUUGGCUGCAAAGAUUCUUCCAGGAAACGGUCAGCCAUAUAACCAGUUAGCAAUUUUGGCCAGUGCAAGAAACAAUACACUUCUUGUGGUUUUUUACUAUUUAAAAAGCAUUUCAGUUGCAAAUCCUUUUCCAGCUGCGUCUUCAAAUUUAUUGAAGACAUUAAGUCAAAUUUGCAGCAAGCCUAACUAUAGUAUUUUAGGUAAAUCUAUGGGGUUGACUGUUGGAGAGUUUUCUGAUUUAUUUCUACAACUUAUUGGUUGUAUUCAUUUGCAACAAGAUGCUGGAAAGUUAUCAGUUUUAAGAGAGAAAGUUUUGCAAGACUUUAAGGAUAUAGUUCAAGAAAUGUCUGAAGUACAGGUUGUACUUGUUGCUGGUAUCUGCAUUUUUAUUCUUUCAAAAAAUAAACUUUACAAUGAUCGUACCAUCGAGAGCAUAUCAGAUGAUGAAUCAGACACAUGGCAUCUUAUUCUUUCAUUGAGCGUUGGAAUUUUGCAAACACUAGUUGUGUUAUCUGUUGAAGUGAUUGGUACAAAUGAUUUAUCUUGUGAGAAAAUGAAAUUUUUACCUGGCAUAAAAGUGUUUUGCGAUUGGAUAAUUUGUAAUAAUCUGAAUUUGUUUGAAGAAAAGCAACUUCGAGAUAAUCUUGAAUUAUUCCAUGGCUUGGCAAGACUUGGUAAUCUACUCCAAGAAAUGUAUCCUGAAAAAGAAAAAUCAUGUAUGCCUUUAUUGGAAGAUUGGCAACUUUUUGGAAUUCUCAGUCUUAGAAAAGUGCACAAGCGUUUUGAUUUUAAAGUGCAACUAAAUAAAGUGAGUAAUGAAGAACAAUAUUCAAUUCGUACUACCAGAAUCAUACAGUUUUUAGAAUGGUUGACACAGCAGCAUAUUCCUUCUAAGUUUAUCUCCAAAGAUGAAAAUACUGGUGAUUUUAUCUGUUUAGCACAGACUCGUAUUGAAGACAAUGUUACUGUAAACCCAGAUGCUUUUGGUAUGGCCGUCAAAGGACUUUUCGAUGUUCUUCCAAAUAUUCACCAGAAAAAGAAUGAUUCACGAAGCAAAUCACCAUUUUCUGAAAAUAGAUCUUUAUUUCGAACUGAUUCUGAAGAAUGUGGCAUUCAGGAUUUAUCUUCUGUGAGGGGUCCUAUUAACUCAUAUUCACUUUUUGAUACUAUGUGGAAUGCUAAUUUGCAGAAUGUAUCUCCAGGAGAUCAUUCUAAAGAAACAUCUCCGAUGAUGCCUUUAAGUAGUUUAUUUCCUGUUUCCGGUCAAACUUAUAUGGGUUCAGCACAGCUACCUGUUGGUUCAGCUCCUAUUAAUAGAUCUACUGAUCAUCAAUAUCAACCUUCAUCUUCACCACAACAGCUUUUUACCCAAUCUCAGCCGCUUGCAAGACACACCUUAUACAGUCAAGAUCGUUCUGAUCAAUUACCUACUCAAUUGAAAUCCCUCCAUUUAAGUUCAUCUGUGCCUAACUCUAUGGUUCAAUCACCUAUGAGUCCUAUCAAUCAGCAUUCUCUUUCAUUUGUUGAGCAACAAAAACAAAGCGCAUCUCCUAUGAAGUCUGUUGUAAACUCUCAAUACUCCUAUAACCAUCAAGUGCAGCCUGGUUUUAUAAAUAAUCAUCUAGUGCACCCAAACUCUUUUGUAAAUCAAUUCCCAAGCUCAUCAAGUCCAAAUUUUGGUGUAAUUGGGCAGACUGCUGUAAGAGCACCACCUGGUAUUACUGGUAAUUCUAUGCCUUCCCCUGUGAAAAAUAAUCAUCAAGGUGUCUCAGGUUUAUCUGCGGUAUCUGAAGACAACUGGGUUUCCUCUAACGGUCUUCCUAUUGCUUCAAGCAGUCGAAGUAUCUGGAGUUCCAACUUUGCGAUGGGUCAAGGUGCGCUCUCCCCACUGGAGCAGCUUCUUCAGGAACAAAAGCGUCAUCAGCGCCCAAAAUAGUUUAAUGGCGAAGAAUAGGUUUUUUGGCUUCAGUAAGGCCUUCAGUAUGGUGGAUUUUCCUGCUUUUUGCUGUAUGCGUUGUUUCAGUAUAUCGCUUAAUGUAUUAAUGCAAAGGUUUCACCUGUUUAAAGCAUGAGUGAUGUUCAAUAUGUUUGCUCUUAUGCACAUGGUUAUCAUCGAGUGCAUUCUUGUUAGUGCUCAUUCUUAGCCAAAUCUGUUUCGCUCCACCGCGUUAUUGUUAAACGAGCUUUGAUCUGAGUAUGAAGUCGCACGUCCAGUGGAAAUUAUCUUGAUCUGUAAAUCUAAUUUUUAGUUAUCCAUCUUUCCAAUGGAUAAUAAAUAUAAAUUUGGAAUUUA